AGCGUAAAGACGGGAAGGUCAGGUUCUCCGCGAUUAUUUAAUUUUUAUACUUUAAAACGAGUAUCGGUUUUUGUGUACAGUUAUGUAAAUAACAAUCCAAUAUAGUGUGCUAUCUGGUUAUUUAUGAAGAUGUUGGCACCUGGUGUUUUUGCCACUAUCAUGGUGCUGGUUGUUACGGGUCAAGUUUUCUCCAACGGCAAUUACUCAGAUUUUCCAUACAUACAAUAUUUAACACAUCCUCCUGAAAUAAAAGUCAAACCUAGAAAUUUACAAGUUCGUGCUGGCGGUAUAGCGGCCUUUUACUGUGCCGCACAAGGCGAUCCUACUCCUGUAAUUCAAUGGAAAAAGAAUGGAAAGAAGGUGUCAAGUUCUCAGACUAGAUAUCAAGUAAAAGAAUUCCCCGACGGUGCUUCUUUGCUUCGUAUAGAACCAGUUAAAGCCGGUAGAGACGACGCUAACUAUGAAUGUGUUGCUGAAAAUGGUGUGGGAGAUGCUGUUAGCGCAGAAGCCACACUAAUCGUCUUCGAAACUGAUAAAUUGCCGCCGGGUUUUCCUCAGAUAACUCAAUCACCCGCAACGAACAAAGUCGUCGAAAUAGGACACAAUACAGUUUUAAAGUGCGAAGCUACCGGUAAUCCCCCACCGAAAAUAAUUUGGUUGAAAAAUAUGCUCCCAAUCAAUAUUACCGCUCCCAGGUCAAGAUAUUCCACGAGGGAUGACAUGCCAGGAGCACUUCAGAUUCUUUCGAGCGAAGAAAAGGAUCACGGAAAGUAUGAAUGCGUCGCCGAAAAUUCGAUUGGCACGGAUUAUUCCAAACAUUCUCUGCUUUACGUUAAAGUUCGGCGAGUACCUCCACAAUUUUCGAUCCCUCCUCCAACAAUGAGCGAAGUAAAACUGGGCGACGAUCUAAAUUUGACUUGUGUAGCGGUGGGUUCACCUAUGCCUUUUGUAAAAUGGCGUAAAGGGUUGACACAAGAACUUACUCCAGAAGAUAAAUUACCCGUAGGCAAAAACACCUUGGAAUUAACCAACAUCCAAGAAUCCGCAAAUUAUACUUGCGUAGCGGCUAGCGCCUUGGGCGUAAUCGAAGCUUUAGCACAAGUCAAAGUACAAUCUCUUCCUGGACCACCGACAAAUGUAAAAGUUUCUGAAAUCACAGCUACAUCUGUAAGACUUACAUGGUCUUACAAUGGUCCUGAAGACUUACAAUAUUACGUUAUUCAAUUUAAACCAAAAUUUGCUAAUCAGGCUUAUAGUGAAAUCAGCGGAAUUAUCACAAUGUAUUAUUCUGUUAGGAAUUUGAGUCCUUAUACAGAAUAUGAAAUGUUUGUCAUAGCUGUGAAUAAUAUAGGGAGGGGCCCACCCAGCGCACCUGCCGCUGUAACUACUGGAGAAACAGCUGUUUCUUCUUUUGGAGGUGCCAAGCCUGGGACAGCUCCUCGAAACGUUCAAGUAAGACCGUUGAGUUCUAGUACUAUGGUGAUACAAUGGGACGAACCGGAAACUCCAAACGGUCAAGUUACGGGCUACAAAGUAUAUUAUACUACAAACGCCCAACAACCGAUGGCCCAAUGGGAAUCCCAAGUAGUAGAUAACAAUCAAUUGACAACAAUCAGUGAGUUAACACCUCACACUAUUUAUACAAUCCGUGUCCAGGCAUAUACGUCCGUUGGUCCUGGUCCAUUGAGUGUUCCAGUUCACGUUAAAACACAACAGGGUGUUCCAAGUCAACCGAGCAACUUACGUACCUCUGACAUCGGUGAAAGUUCAGUAACGCUUCAAUGGACGAAACCGAGUCAUUCUGGUGAAAAUAUAGUAAGUUACGAACUGUAUUGGAAUGAUACUUACGCCAAAGAGAAACAUCAUAGGCGUAUACCUAUUUCGGAGACUUAUACAUUAACCGGUCUGUAUCCGAACACACUGUAUUAUGUGUGGUUAGCAGCUAGGUCACAGAGAGGUGAAGGGGCUACUACCCCUCCUAUACCAGUUAGAACGAAGCAAUACGUACCCGGAGCCCCGCCGACCAACGUAAUUGGCGAAGCAGUAAGUCCCACGGCGAUCAAAGUCACGUGGGACCCACCGCCUGCGAACCGUACCAACGGAAAUAUCAUUUACUACAAGUUGCAGUUCGUUGAAUCUGACAGGUCUGAUAGCGAAGCGAACGUUAUCAAAUUUAAUGGUACCACUUUUGUGCUUGACGAAUUAAAAAGAUGGACCACGUACAGGAUAUGGGUAUUAGCUGGUACUUCUGUAGGCGACGGUCCGAGUUCGUAUCCCAUUACGGUGCGCACACACGAAGAUGUGCCGGGGGAUCCUCAAGACGUUAAAGUCACUCCCAUAAAUUCUACGACUAUCAAAGUCGAUUGGAAACCACCUCAAACUAGAGAUAGGAAUGGAAUCAUCUUGGGAUACCACGUACACGUACAAGAAACCAAAGAAGAGGGAAAGAGUUUCUUCAAUGAACCCAUGAAAUUCGACGUUUUUGGUGAUUCUCUAUUGGAAUUGAACGUUACGGGUCUUCAACCGGAUACCAUGUACUCCAUUCAAGUGGCGGCGUUGACUAGAAAAGGAGACGGCGAUCGAAGCGCACCUGUAAACGUUAGAACUCCCGGAGGAGUACCAAACAGACCAGCAUUAACUCUAAAGAUUAUUGAAAAGGUACCAACAGUUACUAUUGAUUUAGAAUGGACUAGACCUUCUCAAACCUAUGGAGAACUCAAAGGUUAUCGUCUUAGAUACGGUGUUAAGGAUCAGUUUUUGAAAGAUGUUCCUCUUAAAGCAACUCACACCAAUUAUAGAAUAAACGAUUUGGAACGGGGUGUCGAAUACGAAUUCCGAGUAGCCGGUCAAAAUCACAUUGGAAUAGGACAAGAGGCGAUCAAAUACAAGAAAACCCCAGAAGGUCCACCGACCGGUCCUCCCACCAAUAUAACCUACCAUUUCCAAACGCCAGAUGUCGUUUGCAUAUCAUGGAGCCCCCCGAGUAGAGAACAUCGCAACGGACAAAUUACCAAAUACGACAUACAAUUCCACAAGAAAUCAGAUCACAGUAACAUAAUAAUCAGAAACGUGUCAAAUACUAAAGCCGUAUUUACAAAUUUAGAAGAAAAUACCGAAUACGUGUUCCAUAUUAAAGCUUAUACGAGUCAAGGAGACGGACCGAAUAGCGAAAAAUAUACGGUUCAAACCGAACGGGAUAUAGGAAGAGCACCGAUGUCGGUAAAGGCCGUAGCGACAUCGGAUUCCAGCGUGGAAGUUUGGUGGGAACCGGUACCAUCAAGAAACAAAGUGAUAGGAUACAAAAUAUUUUACACGAUGACAGCCGUAGAAGAUUUGGACGAAUGGCAGCACAAGAUAGUAGGUUUAACGGAAUCCGCAGAUUUGGUAAACCUCGAAAAAUACGCUCAAUACGCCAUAGCGGUGGCGGCUAGAAUGAAAAACGGUCUCGGAAGACUUUCCGAAAAGGAAUUAGUUAAAGUUAAACCGGAAGACGUACCCCUUAAUUUACGAGCUCACGAAGUAACCACACAUUCGAUGACCCUAUCUUGGUCACCACCGAUUAGAUUGAAUCCGAUCAAGUACAAAAUUUCCUUCGAUGCGAUCAAAGAAUUCGUCGAUUCGCAGGGAAUCACCCAGACGCAAAAUAUACCUAGAGUUGAAAUUAAAUUAGACGCCGACGUUCGAUCGCACACCAUUAACGAACUAUCACCUUUCACUACUUAUAACGUCAACGUUAGCGCUAUACCGACCGAUAAUUCCUACCGACCACCUACGAAGAUAACUGUAACUACGCAAAUGGCGGCUCCACAACCGAUGGUCAAACCAGAUUUUUACGGCGUAGUAAACGGAGAAGAAAUACACGUUAUAUUACCCCAAGCUUCCGAAGAAUACGGUCCUAUCAGUCAUUAUUAUUUAGUCGUAGUACCAGAAAACAAAAUGACAAUCCAAAAGAACCCCGAUCAAUUUUUAACCGACGAACUGAUAGCUAACAUUGAAAAGAUACCGGAAAAUUCGGAUCUACCUUAUAUAGCAGCCAAAUUUCCGCAGAGGAACAUACCGUACACCUAUCAUUUAGGUACAGGUGAAAGUAACGACGGUUACGUCAAUUAUAAAUUGGAACACGGUAAACGUUAUAGGAUAUUCGUAAGAUCGGUGGUUGAUACGCCGCAAAAACAUUUGUAUACCAGUAGUCCGUUUUCCGAAUUUUUAUCUUUGGAUAUGCGAGAAGUACCUCCUGGCGAUCCUCCUCGAAGACCAAAUCCGAAUACACCCACCGAUACCGACGUUAAAGUUAGUUCUCAAAAAAAAGAGGCAGAGGUGUUCAAAAUCAUCGGACCGAUAAUAGCAGCCCUACUUCUGUCUGUGAUACUAGUAAUAUUAUUUAUAUUAAGAAAAAGAAGACAACCUUGUAAAACUCCCGAUCAGACAGCCGUUACAAGACCGUUAAUCCAACCGGAUCUGAAUGCUAGUAUAGCUCCUAGCGACCCAGUCGAAAUGAGAAGAUUAAAUUUCCAAACGCCGGCUAUGAUAUCACAUCCUCCUAUUCCUAUAUCGGAAUUAGCCGUUCAUAUAGAAAAACUAAAAGCCAACGAUAAUCUGAAAUUUUCUCAAGAAUACGAAAGUAUCGAACCCGGACAACAAUUUACGUGGGAUCAUUCUAACAUGGAUGUAAAUAAACCUAAAAAUAGAUACGCCAAUGUCAUUGCUUAUGAUCAUAGUCGGGUAAUUUUACCCAGCGAAGGAGGCGUUUUAGGUACCGAUUACAUAAACGCCAAUUACUGCGACGGUUAUCGAAAGCACAACGCUUACGUCGCUACCCAGGGUCCUCUACCGGAGACGUUCGCCGAUUUUUGGCGGAUGUGUUGGGAAUUGAAAUCUGCUACGGUUGUUAUGAUGACGAAAUUAGAAGAAAGGACACGAAUUAAAUGCGAUCAAUAUUGGCCGACGCGCGGUACCGAAACAUACGGUAGUAUGAACGUGACAGUUACGGAAGUCCACGAAUUAGCCACGUACUGUAUCCGAACGUUCCAGAUUCACAAAGAGGGUUACAGCGAACGAAGGGAAUUGAAACAAUUGCAAUUUACUGCUUGGCCGGAUCAUGGGGUACCCGAUCAUCCGGCGCCUUUCUUGCAAUUCUUAAGAAGAGUCAGAACUUUGAAUCCGCUCGAUGCCGGACCUAUUAUUGUACAUUGUUCUGCGGGAGUAGGAAGAACAGGUUGUUUCAUUGUAAUCGAUUCGAUGCUUGAACGUAUGCGACACGAAAAAACCGUGGAUAUUUACGGUCAUGUGACAUGUUUGCGCGCCCAACGUAAUUACAUGGUCCAAACGGAAGAUCAAUAUAUCUUUAUCCACGAUUCUUUAUUGGAAGCCUACAUUUGCGGUCAGACUGAAGUACCGGCGAGAAAUCUUCAUUCACAUAUCCAAAAAUUGAUGCAGCUCGAACCGGGAGAAAACAUAUCGGGGAUGGAACACGAAUUUAAAAAAUUGAGUAACAUUAAGACUGAUUCAUCACGUUUCGCGACUGCGAAUUUGCCUUGCAAUAAGCACAAAAACCGUUUGGUACAUAUCUUACCGUUCGAAACCACAAGGGUUUGUCUUACCCCAUUGAGAAAUAUUGAAAGUUCCGAUUAUAUCAAUGCUAGUUUCAUAGACGGUUAUAGAUAUAGGAAGGCGUAUAUUGCUACACAAGGACCUAUGUCCGAUACUACUGAUGAUUUGUGGAGGAUGCUGUGGGAGCACAAUUCUACCAUUAUAGUCAUGCUGACGAAACUUAAGGAAAUGGGAAGGGAGAAAUGUCAUCAGUAUUGGCCCAGUGAAAGAUCUGUGAGAUAUCAGUGCUUCGUCGUGGAUCCUAUAGCCGAAUAUAACAUGCCCCAGUACAUACUGAGAGAAUUCAAAGUAACUGAUGCAAGAGAUGGUUCAUCCAGGACAAUAAGACAAUUCCAGUUUACCGAUUGGCCGGAACAGGGAGUUCCAAAAUCGGGAGAAGGAUUCAUCGAUUUCAUCGGGCAGGUUCAUAAAACUAAGGAACAAUUCGGACAGGAUGGUCCGAUUACCGUUCACUGUAGUGCUGGGGUUGGUAGAACUGGUGUGUUUAUAACACUGAGCAUAGUUCUCGAAAGGAUGCAGUAUGAAGGAGUUGUAGAUGUAUUCCAAACAGCAAGGAUAUUAAGAACGCAACGACCAGCUAUGGUUCAAACAGAAGAUCAAUACCAGUUUUGCUACCGGGCCGCAUUGGAGUAUCUAGGCUCCUUCGACCACUACACCAACUAAUAAAUACCACUUUACCCCAUAUUUACUGCCAAACUGGAUAUUGACAUGGAAAAAUUUAGAAAUGUAUUUAAACAAGUGAUUAGUGAACAAACCUUAGGAACUAGCGUGCAAAUGUGUAUAAAUAUGUGCCUAAUGUAUAUGUGGAAAAAAGAAAUGCCAGAAAUUUAUAUUUAUUUUGAACACAAGAUCUCUAGCAAAUUGUCUCUGUACAAAAAUGCGGCUCGCAUUUUUAAUCUUGAGUUUGAAUAUACUUACAUGUAAUUAGGUACUUGAAAAUUUGCGUAGCACUUGUCCUUUCGUAUCGAAGAGGAUCAGCCGCAUUAGGAUUAAUAAUAAUAAUAUAAAGGUGUUGAUGAUUGAAGGAAACUCAAUCUAAUUUAUUUUUUUAAUAAUACUUUAAUACAAAUAUUAAUCCCUAGUUGAUAUAUAGUAAUCGAUUGAAGGAAAUAUAUAUUGUGAGCUAGAAAAUAGUUCAAAAGCAACAGAAACAAGAGAAAAUAGCACUGAUAAAAAGUAAAUUGAAACCGUUGAAUCACUCACUUUGUAAAUUUUCAUUAUUUAAUGGUUAGAAUAAUUUAUAAAGGAUCAUUUACGAGACACAUACAACACUUGUUGUCAUACUGAAGUUGAAAAACCACAAUGGUACAUUUGAACUACUGGCUAGUAAAGUUCAAAAUCAAUUGUUUGAAACUGUUUUCAACAAAAGAAAAUGGAAAAACUGGAUUCUUUCUUCACUCUGUGAAUAUUAUAAUUUGUCACUAAAGGAAGCUUGAUAAGUUGGAAUACCUACUGCACUAAGAAGAAAGAAAAAUUGAAUCUGUCAUUCAAUUCACUCAACCAGAAUACUGUGAUUUCAUUAUUCGAUAUUAAGGAUCAUUUACGAGAUAAAUAAAACACUUGUUGCCAUACUGAAGUUGAGAAAUCACAAUGGUACAUUUGAACUACUGGCCAUAUGGAUAGGUUUACAGAAAACUAUUAAUUUGAGAAAAAAAUUGAUAUAGGAAUUGCACUAAAUGGAAAAUUUUAAUAAAUUCCACUUUAUACAAAGAUUGUUGAAUUUAUCUGUUAUUAAUUUUUUUUAUUUUGAGCUUAAAACUGAUAAAGUAUUAUCAAAAAGAUUACUGAUCAAAAUAAAGUAUUGUAAAUUGUUAUAAUUAAUAAAGAAGAGUUAUCAACUAAUCAUAUUUAUAGGCUAAUUAACUAAUAUAGUGAAUUUAUUCAAAGAUAAAUUCAGUCCUGUACUUGAUGUAGAUUUAGAAAUUCAAGUUUAUCAUCAAAUUCCAAAAUUUAUACUCCUUUUUCUUAAUUUAAAUAUUUUAUACAAUUGUUGCAACAAUCAAGUUAGAAUUAUCAAUUUAUUUAAAUAAAAUAUUAAAACUAAAUCAUUUUAAACCUCUGUAUUCUAUGAAAUGAUUAAAAUCAAUAUCGAAAUGAAUCUUUUUUUCAAAUUUUUACUUCUUAGGCCUCUUUAUUUAUAUGUCGUGAUGAUUUGUCGUUAUUUUAUGUCUCCUCUAUUUUUAUUUGAAAAUUAAAUGAGACAUAAAAUCAUCACGAAAUGAUUCUUUAGCAACAUCAGAUAUUCAAAUACCUUGGGGCCUUGAUAACUGAAGAUAAUGAAGUGACAACAAGAGUUGUUGCGGGGAACAAAUGCUUCUGGGCAGUCCAGAGAGCGCUCAAGUUUUGAGGGCUCUUACGAUGGUUAAAACUCAUCAUUUUAAAGACAAUAAUCUGUUCUGUAGACACAUACGGAUGCGAGACAUGGACUAUGACGACGACAAGUGAACGAAUCUUGAAAUGCUGGGAACGUAAGAUCUUAGUAAAGAUUUUUGGACCUGUUUAAGAGAUCGGUGCUUGGGGAAUCACAGAGCCAUGUAUGGAGUUCCUGGAGGAGCGUGACUGAGAGGAAGACCGCGCCUUCGCUGGUUAGAGAACGUUGAGGUGGAUCUGGUCUAGCUAGGGCAGGCACCAUGCUCAGGACAGAUUGUUGAGAAGGCCCUGGUUCUCAAAGGACUAUAGCGCCAGUUAAAGAAGUUAUAAGACUGGUUACUUAGAAACAAUCAACACUUUUUACGAUUCACUCUGUAUAACUAGUGGAGUACCAGGCUAUAAAUUAAUUAUUUUCCCUCAUAUAUCAACAAAUUAUUAUUUAAAUUACAGUUUUUCUUUAUGUUUAUAGAUAUAAUGGAAUAGACUUGAAUUUUUAAAAAUCGUACAAAUUGUUUCCUUCCAUCUCAACCACCUUGUAAAUCUAUAAAUAAAUAAAACUAUUAUUCAUCUAAGAAAUAUAGAAAUGUUGACAUCCACUUAUUUUCUGUCAUUUCUUGUAAUAAAAACUUUUUGAUUGUCACUAGUUUCCAAUUUUUGAUAUCGUCUCUAUUUCGUAAUUGUUUUUUUGGUUGUUUCACUCAAAAUAAUUAUAUAGUAACAAGACAUAAGGCAUGUACAUAUAUUUAGUGCAUUUAUCCAAUUAUAAAGCUAUAGUUUCACUGUAUAUUAUCAAUUGAUAUUUAACCGAUGUUUUGUUUAGUUCGGUAUUCGUGGCAUCCAUAUUUCAAAAUUUUUAUACUUCCAUUGAAUACAGAUAUUCAAAUUAUAAAACUAAAUAUUCCCAUUGAAAACUCACUUAUACUUUCCAAUACUUGUUUUCUUAAGUAGUAGUAUUUUUGUGUAAAACGGCAGCUGGAAAAUACUCAUUUUAUUCAAAAUAUUAAACUUCUCCUUUAGUAACAUAUUAGAAUCGAUUUUUAGAAAAAUAAAAUCAAAUUGAUCAUAGAAAUAUUUGUAUUGUUUACUUAAAUGUUGAAGAGAAUAGAAACACUGAUUUUUUUAUUAAUUUUCAAAGAAAAUAAAAAAAUAAUUACAAUGUUCUUGAUCCUCGACUUAUAUUUUUCCUUUUAUUUAAAUGAACAGUUUUCAUACUUUAUUUUUACUGGUUUUCCUUGUAUCUUUUGCUCAUCAAAUUAUCUCCUACAUUUCCUUUUAACAUUCGUACAUUUUAAUUUGUAACAUUUUUCGAGCACGGUUAAUUAAUACUUAAAACUUCAUUAAAUCACAAUUAUUACAACACUAUUAACUAUCGCUUUGAAAAAUCUAUUACUGUAUACCGCCCGGAAGCCUUCUCACUCGCCACAUAUCCCCAAUAUUCAACUACUGCUCUAAUUUAAGUUUCCUGCCUUCUCAAUAUAUAUAUGCGACGUUCUAGAACAUAAUAGAACCUUCUAGUAUUAGUCUACCUCAACCAGAAACGUUUUGAUCAGAAUUCAACGGUUUCCCAAUAGAUGGAGGCACCUAUCUUUUUAUAGUUUCCAUUACAUUAACUCAUAAUCGGCGCCGUAAAAUGGCGUGCGGCUGUGUCUCCAUCACAAUAUAGAUUUACCAGAUAUUUUGUUUCUUUUUAGGUAUUACCUAUACUAUUAUUGAACUCAAUUUACUAAUUUUAGCUAUUUUUACUCGUUCCAUAUCAUUUGGUAUUGAUUCUGGUCGAUAUCUGCAAGUUUUUUUCUUGUUUUUGUAUCAAAUCGUAGGUAUUGGCAGCAUUAAAAUUCUUAAAGUAGUCGUGGAGUUUUUUGAAUAGAAAAAUUCGUAUCAUUACAUGUAAAUUACUGUAUAUUAAUGAAGGUAUUAUUAGACUUUUUUUGUUAUUUGAAAAUAAACUUGGAAACAUGGAUGUCACCAUUAUUAUCACAUUUGUUAUUAAAUGUUGCGAUUUAUUCUAGUAUCUUGCACUGAAUCUCAUGAAUUAAAUCAAAUUUAUGUAAUUUUUUUGUUAAUACUUGCUCAUUGUGAAGUAAGAGCUAGAAUAUGUCACAGGAAAAAUAUUCUAACAAACUCGGUCCAUAGAAUAGAAGUUGAAGGAAAUUAUUCUUCAUUACAUGAUCGUUCGGAAAUAUUAGUUGAAAAGACUGAAGUAUUUUGUUGCAAUUGGGUUAUUGCAAAUAGAAGAAACUAAUAUUUUUGAAUUGAUUCAGAUUAUUUUUAAAAUAACCAUUAAAAUCUUAACUACUGGAAAAACUUUAGUUGAUGUUUGAUAAUCCUCAAUAAUAACUAUUUAAUUCAUAUUCAACUUUUAUUUUCAUAUUUUAUGUUGAAAGAAAGCCAAAAUAUCGAGAAAAGCGACCGGAAUGACUUCGGGACCUGGAUUCUGCUAGAUGUGUACAGAUCCCAUGAUACAAAUGAAAACAGAGAAUGGAAUCAAUGGUUUUAGCAGAUCUACAAGAAAAUAUAAACAUAAAUUUAGUUUACCUGUAUGCCUCUUUCACUGAGUGAAUCUUUGUAAAAAAAACAAAACAAAAUGUUUUGAGACACAGGUGGUAAUGGAUUAAAAUAUCAUAAUUUUCAUUGGUUUCUGACCUUCUCUCUUAAAAGGAUUGUUAAGGAAUAUAUUUAUUUAUAUUUAAUAACUCUAGUUCCUUAAAUUCCUGUUUUAGCCCUUAAAUAACUGGAUCUCAAAAAAGAAGAAGAAAUUUCAAAACCUCACAAGAAUGAUUGUGUCGAAAAGGAACCAACCAAAUAAUGAAAUAACUGAUAAACAAAUAGGAAGAGAAAACAAUCCAUUAAUAUUGAGAAAAAUGUAUUUAAGAAGACGAAAAUUCAAGUAGAAAUAAUACAUUACAUCAUAUAACAUCAUAUUAAAAUAGUUUAACCGAUAUCAUCUUGAGUAGCUUAACAAUUUUUGGGGGGAGAUUCCUAGUAGAUUAAAGGCAACAUACAUUUCAGAACUAUCUACUGUGUCGUAAGCCUGCUUAAAAUGUAUAAACAUAACAUGAAGGACUCAUAGCUUUUCUUAAGGGUGAAUAGCUGAUCUGUUGUUCCUCUACCUUUCUUGAAACCUUUUUUAUUUUUUAAAAUUGAAUAAAAUGUAUUAUACAUAGAUGCCAAAUGUUAUGUAGACUUGUACGUUAAUAGACCAUUUCUGGAAUCAUUGAUGAUAUUCAUACUGAACACACUGUUCACACCACUACCCCAACAGUCACAAUUACACUGUCUGACUCGCGUUUCGAUAACCAAGAUAUCGUCUUCAGAGAUUGAAGGUAAAGUGUUUACCUUUAGGCUCUGAAGACGACAACUUGGUUAUCGAAACGCGAGUCUGACAGUGUAAUUGGUAGUGUAAACAGUGUAUUCAUUUUUCUGCAUAGUUCCAUAAAUUCCUACCAUGUGAUUAGAGUCAUUCUGGUUAAAUUGAAAAUAAUGAGGUUAACAUUUUAAUGGUACCAUAAAAGCCCAAUGCAGUAUAUUUAUAAUGGAACAUUUUUGUCAUAUGCAAUAUUUACAGUUUACUGUAUCCAUUGUGAUAUUUUUUUACUUUUGAAUAUUAUUUACUCUAUUAUAUAUUUUAAUGUAAUUUUUAGUGUCGAUUUAUAUUUUUUAUGUGUAUAAAAUGAUUUUGUUUGGAGUA